ACCUGUUUGCUUGCUUUUCCAGUAAGGGGGCCUCCUUCGUAAGGGAGGUCGGUGGGUCGGAGGGCUGUAAUUUAACUGAAAAUUUAAUUAUAUUGCUCUAAUCGAGAGCUUUUAAUUGCCUCCCAAGUUUUCAAACACAUACUCAAUUGGUGUGCGCCGAUCUAGAAAGAGAAAACAAAACAUGGAGUCCACUGAAGUCAUCAUGCCCACUGCCAUCUUGACGAACCCUCAGAAUGAAGUCACGAUCACGCCGAAACCGACCUGUCCCUGGGGUAAGGUCGCAACAACUCCCGAAGCUGCCGUGUCAUUUGCCGAUGUUAUGAGUGAAGAGCUCGCACGUGCCUUGGAAGAAACCGAACUCGUCGCUGCUGCUCGGAGGACUCUGUUGCCUCUGUCAGAAGCUGUGGCAGAUCCGAAUCUCCCUGAAACUGACUGCAGUGACGACCACACUCUCGCGUUGCUCCUGCAGUCCGAGUAUGACAAGGAACACGACACAAUGCUGUGCAGAGAGGAGAGGAAGUUCAACGGCGAAAGCAAAGUGAGCAUCUCUUUCGGCAACUACAAGCGCCUCCCGGAGCACCUCGCUUCCGACUCGGACGAUGAGGAAGACGCCCUGGACGGUGGGCCCGACGUGGCCCGUCACUGGGACUCGUUCGAACGGGCCGAGCGCAGCUCCCCCGCCAUCGGGCGCUCGGGCGUGGCGCGCCAGGCCGGGGGCGGCUUCACCACGAAGCACGACGCCACCGUGUGUGGGCGCCGCAAUGCCUGCCGCGUCAUGGAGCUGCCUCCGGGCAUCUCGACGGGCGACGGCGGGGGCUUCGACAUGAGGCUGUCCAACCACGUGUACAACUCGCUCAAGGUGCACUCGGCCCAGGAAGGUCGACGGGCCGCGCGUCUCCACGACAAGAGGGAGAAGGCCACCGCCGAGCAAACCCUGGACCCUAACACACGUCUCUUGCUCUACAAGUUGGUCAACCGCGAGAUCCUGGAUGAGGUCAAUGGAUGCAUCAGCACCGGCAAGGAGUCGUGUGUCUUUCAUGCAGCGGGCGGAAAGACCGAGGAGUUCUCGGUGCCCCGGGAGUGUGCGGUGAAGGUGUUCAAGACGACGCUGAACGAGUUCAAGAACCGUGAGCAGUACAUCAGGGAGGAUUUCCGCUUCAAGGAUCGCUUCAGCAAGCUGAACCCCCGCAAGGUCAUCCACCUCUGGGCCGAGAAGGAGAUGCACAACCUCAGGAGAAUGCGUCGUGCGGGCAUCCCGUGCCCGGAGGUGGUGGUCCUCAAGAAGCACCUGCUGGUCAUGUCCUUUGUCGGGCUGAACGGGGUGCCGGCGCCCCAGCUGAAGGAGGCGGCCCUGAGCGGGGAGCAGCUGGCCAGCGCCUACGCACAGGCGGUGGCGCUGGCUCAGGCCUUGUACCAGCGCUGCCAGCUGGUUCACGCCGACCUGAGCGAGUACAACCUGCUCUGGCACCACGGACAGGUGCUGGUCAUUGACGUGAGUCAAGCCGUGGACCGGAUGCACCCACAUGCCCUCGAGUUCCUCCUCCGGGACUGCACCAACAUCUCACGGUUCUUCCAGAAGCAAGGUUUGCCCAAUGUGCUGUCUCCAAAGGACCUGUUCACGGAGGUUUGUGGACUCAACCUGCCUGGUGAGGGAGCUGAACUGCUGUCCCAAAUACAAAACUACGAGAGAGACGAACAGCUCUUGGGCAGUGAACAGGAACAAAAAGUGGACCUUUUUGACACCCUGUUCCAAAAGUCUAUGGACAAAAAGUCCCGGAUUGGAAACGAGACUGCUUCAAGCAAGGACAAGAAGGCAGAAUCCGAAGAGUCUGACGACGACGUCCUUGAGGACUAGUCCACGUGUUGUGUACCUCACGCAAAUGCAUGACUUUACAGCCUAUAAAAAGAAAAUAUAAUUUACAGCGGAGUCAAAAAAUCUUUCUAUGAAUACCUUUGUAUAACGAUACAUCUGUAAAUGUGGGUUGUAAAUAAAAUUGGAAUUAAAAGAUAA